AGGCGUCGGUUAGUUUCCACUCAGCAGCGCGAGGACGCGGCCGGACUGGCGGGGGGUUUCAAAGUUAAAUGCCCGGGCCCGCGACCGUUGGCACAGGCCGUCCCGCGCUUUUUGAAAGUUCGAAGUUAAAUGACCACAGACUAUGUUAUUGUUGAGCGCAUGUGACUCGGGCCGCCAGUUGUAGUUGCGUUCGUCGGCUGGUCGGACGCAAGGGUCUCGUGGUGAUCGCUGUUGCGUAUUCGUUUUGCAACACCGUGCAGUGUCUCCUUUCGAGAUGAUCUCAUACGCGUUUGAUAACCCUUGCUCGCCCACCAAGGCGACCGACAUACGCCUGUUCUUUAAGAAACCCAAAGCCAGGAGAGCCCUGUCGGAGCUGGGCCCGAACGACCCGAAGGCGAACCUGAGGAUGGCCGAGAGCCUCAUCACCAUCUCCACGGAACAGUUCAUGAAGAAAUGGAACUUCGACCCCAUCCGCUGCCAGCCUCUGCCCUCGGGACGCUACCAGUGGACGCCCGUCAAGACCAUCAAGAAGAGACAGCCCAGAGAGGCCCUCGACGCCAGCCACGACUGCCACCACCAGACGACCUACGACCCUUGCCACAGCACCAGACUGAGCCCCGCAAGUCACUGCAGCGACUCACUGUCACCCACGAGACCCCCCUGCGACAGUGAAGCGAGCCUGAGUGCUGCUUCCCCCCACCAGGAGCUCGACAGAUACCUGAGCGAGGCGCCGUCCCACCUCCCCCUCACGCCCAGGAAGUCCUCCAAACACAAGGCCGGACCCGUGACGCCCAAGACGAAACAGUGCAAAAUUACAGACUAUGGCCGCCAGAGGAAACGAUUGCACUCGACUUCGAAGUCCGAGGAGGGCGAGAGCGAGGUCACGCCCCGGAAGAAACCCGCCCUCUCGCUGCACUCCUCCGAGUAGCUCUCAGCCCUCGAGGACAAGAAGCCGCUCCCCACUCGUCUCCCUCUGGCCUCGGGUGUCUCAUGAGGUCCGUCCUUCGCCGUCGAGAACUUCCUUCCUUCCCCCGAACUCGUCCCUGUCUCGGUUCUUCCCUUGGUCGUCCUGGUGAGGUGGUCGGCGGGAGUGUCCGACGUCCGAAACGCGCACGCACGAUCUCUCUCUCGUUCUCUCUCUCUCUGUCUAUGUCUAUGUCUAUGUCCUCUCCGCGCCUGUGAUUCGCAUGGCAUUACUCUCCCCCCCUGUGCCUUUUUAUAUAGCUUUCUAAACGAGGCUCAAUACACGGAGUCGUAAAUUUAUACUUCAGGCGAUAUUUAUAGACAGUUGUAAUGUAAAAUGUGAUUCAUUUACACUAGCGGUGAAAGGAUCCAGGCCAGCCCAAGCACGGCGCCGCUCGCCUAGAGGAAGGCUGUCGCGCUGGGAGGCCAGAAAACAACCAGAGAUCUGUUGGAAUAUCGCGGUCUGUUGCCCUGGUUGCAAUUGCUGUUUGUCUCUUCUGAUGUAUUUUAUUUUUUUAUUGAUUUUUUUGGUGUAUAGAUGGAAACGUUUGUCUUUCAUGCCUCCCCUUCGGCCUGUAGUUUUACGCUGGUGUUGCCUCCAACACCCGUAAAACAUUACACUCAGUUAUUGGAAUAUUCUUGUGCAUUAGAACGUUCUUGCAUAUUGCAAUCAAUAUGCCACGAACUGACAAAACCCAAAGUGCAAUCAGCAAGCCGAGGGGAGUACAUCUUUAGGCUAGUCAACUGUAUUUAUUUGUAAUUUAAAUUAAUAUUAUGUAUUGUAGAACAUCAAAAGAUUUAUUCGUUAAUGUUGUUUGCUGCAAUAGAGGAAACUACUUUAAGCUAGAUUCUGGAGUGAAUUCGGAAAUGAAAGUGAGCCAAAUAUUGUAUCUACGAGAACAGGAACGUGUGUCUCAUUGGAAGCUUAUAGGCCUAGAUGUACUGAUGUACUAAAACGAAGGUGUAGAGCAAAAGGUGGUCAGGCUCAUUGACGCAGCCACGUCCCAGUCUCGAUGGCUGGAAAGUAGACUAAGUUAUAUUUAGUGGCCAAAACGUAUCAGGUUAUUUGCUGGAGGAAAAGGAGACCCGAACCACAGGUCUUGGUGGUAGUGAAAUAACUCCUAGUGUUAGCGGCCUCGCGCGUCGCGGCCUCCGGUCUGCAGCCCACGGCGCCGAAGCGACUCUCGGGCGGAGGCUUCGCGGAGAGACUCGCUUCUGCGUCCUCGUCGUGUGUCAUUCGAUCUGUCAUGUGAGCGAGUGACUCAGAUGGGGACCGAGAAUGGAGUCUCCGGGAAGCCCUGGUCAUGUGACUGCCGCCGCCGCCGCCGUGGCCGCCCCGGACGGCCCUCCGACGCGCCGCCGAGGCCCACAUAGAGUAAGCUGGUGUAGGGCGCAGGGCGUCACGCGCAGCGCCCCGGUGUUCCCAAGGGCGCUGACGGCGAGCCUCUGCUUGUACUGAAUCAUGGUUUAUAAACUUAAUGAUCUCAUUGUAUAUCGUACAACUUUUUUAAGUUAACCAACUUAUAGUAAUAUUUGUGUGAAAGGAAGAAAGAGUGUGAAGUGACUAAAUAUUUGAGCAUUUUCUCGCUCUGCGUGGAAGGCUGUGGCGAGAGUUGCGUCGUUGCAUCAAUUCUCAAGAGAGUGCUCUUUGCAACGUCGGCUUUUGCGUUUACUUUGUAUGGCAGUUUGCAGCCGCGUGAUCAAAGGAGGCGGUUGAGUGUGAGCGUGUGGUUGUCCAGAUAUGACGCAUCUGUGUGAGAGUCGCAUGACUUGUUUGAUGAGGUGUAUGGCAGUGUGUGACCCAGCUAGUGUCUGGGGCGUCAGGUGGCCGUCUCCAGUGGCUCAUGCAAUACCCGGCUUCUAGUCCAAAGUCCUCCUUGAGAGGGAUUUUCCACUCGCUCACUGCUCCUCGACCGGGAGAUGAGAAAGGUUUAUAUAUUCUUUAUUUUACAUGUAUUUACGAUUUUUUUGUUUGCUCAGUUGACAAGGUUUACAUGGCUCAGUGGGAGAAAUCUGUGGUUAUUUCUCUUUCAUGACGAGAGGAAAUGGAUCAUCAUAUGAGAAAACCUAAAUAAACCUAGAACUUUAAAACAAUUUACUUCGUGUCAAAAUCAAUAUCUAAAUCCAACUUUUUAUCAGUAUAUAUAAACAAAUAGAACCAAUUUAGAACACCCAGUCACCACGCCCGUAUCCGAUCCAGCUCCGCCCCGCACGCCUUUCCGUCGGCGUCUCAACGCACAGCGGGCAGAACGGGGGGCGGAACGUGAGGGAAAAAACACACUCGUUUACUUUAGUGUGAUACUUGGUUUAAGAUUUUAAAAACAAUAAUAAUAAUAAAAAAAAUAUUGUAUUUCGUCUAGUUGGAAAAAAAAUGGUCCUGGGUGAAGGCACACAUUCGCUGUAUGUUUGUGUGAUACUUCACUUUAAAAGCAAUAUAUUUAUAUGUAUUUUGUCUACUUAGAUCAUAGUUUUCUCCUGCUGGUCAUGGUCAAUUGUAAAAUCAAAAUAAUAUUUAAUUCCGGUCCGAGAGCGGGGAGUGAUGGUAACAAUAUUGUUUGAAUUUAAUAUAAGUGUUGGUUAAAUGUAAGACUGCUGAUAAGAAGCUUUAUACAAUUAUAUGUAUAUUUUUACUCUCAAUGAAAAAAGUGCAGUAAUAUAAUUAUUCUUUAA